GGUUUAUUGUUCUUAGUCUUGGUUGUUUGUAUACCGUGAUUACGGGUUUCACAUAGUUGGAUCGAUCUGACAUAAAAUAAUGUAUUUCGCUAAUUCCCUAUCGUUCUUCCUGGCUUCGGCCACGUUCUACAACCAAUGCGCCGCUGCGCAAGUAGAACAAGACCAAGUGCAGGCACUCAGGGCCCCGAUCCUGGCUAGUAGGGAGUUCACGCCUAUUGAGGAGGCCGGGCUGGAGAGAAGAGCUACAUGUCCUGAUGGAGGACAGUGUUUUCUCGGUCAAUGCUGUGGGACUGGAUGUUCGCCGAAUUGUUGUGCGCAUGAUGACGGGGGAAUUGGCUGUAAUCUCGCAGAACGCUGCCAAUUCCAAGGCAAUGUCUUUGUUGGAUGUUGUAAUGGGUUUAUCGGACGCUGCACCGGCGAAGCAACAAGAAUAACAGUCCACUCCCCAGUCGACAGCACGAUGUUUAACACCGGCGCCCCUGCAACCUCAGACGCAACUACAACCUCAACCACAUCCACAACGACCAGAUCCACGCGCACCACGACCUCCACCGAAUCCACCGCUACUUCUGCUUCAGAUGAGGAUUCAAGCUCAAGUUCAAGCUCAGAUUCAACUUCUAGGUCUGUGGCCUCGCGGACGACAUCUGCGGUGGAAACUCGGUCUACGUCCGGUUCCAGCUCUAGUUCGCGAUCCAGUUCGAGCUCUGCAAGUGAAAACGAUAGUGUUGGUACGAUGACUGCUUCAUCUACGAGGUUUGCGCAGGGUGGUGGAGAGACGGGGUCUGUUAAUGCUGCGCCUGUGGUUACGGGUUAUGUGGGGUUGGAGAUGGGGGCUGUUGCUGUUGGGGCUUUGUUGGUUCUAUAGGUGUCGGUUUCUCGAGUGUAAUGAUUGAAUGGACUGGGGAACGGGGGAUUUGGAUUUGGUGGUAAUGAGCGAUGAUUGAUUGUGGUUGUUGAUGGGUUGUGUUUCAUGACAGGGGGGGGGCAAUCUUGGUAAUAGAGGUCUGUCUAUGUCCAUUUUUAUUCCACCAAGCGCCUAAUCAGCUACGUUGAAAACGGCGGCGCCAAAGGCUACAAAGAUAUGCUAGAGGCCAUACGCGAGGAAUUUGGCAGGUUGGGCAUGUAUUAGAUAUGUCUGCUCCCAAGCCAGCAGUUGACCUAAUCGCUAUGCACUGGUGUUCCGUAUCGUUCCA